CAAAGUGCACCUCAGUUACAUUGAUCUUCCACUAACUCGCGCACUCACAUUCAUACCAGACAAGAUAACAACCAUGACAUCGACAGAUGAGAUCCCCAAACCCCACAGCCUGACCCCAGAAUCAGCAAUCGCAUCGACCGACGAGAUCCAGCUCCCCUUCACACAUCACGGAAACAAAGUAACUUUGUCCUUCCCAAAAGAUGCCACCAUCAGCGAUUUUUCAGAAAAGGUCUCCACAGACCUCAACGUUCCCCCUUCGAACCAGAAAUUCCUCAUAACACCCAAACCUGGUCUUCUGAAACCGCCCUUUAAAGACCCUACCAUACCCCUCUCUGACCUUGUCUACAAGAAAAUAACACUUAUGGGUAAUACGAGUGCUGAAAUAGCCUCCCUCAACGCCAGCAUAGCCGCUGCCUCAGCGCCUCGACGUCCAGGGCCAGUCAAAGCUGCAACACCGGCCCGGAAUAGAGAUUGGAAGAAGGUGCAAGAGGAGUCGCAGUAUACCUUCCAUACUCUAAGGCCGUUACCGUAUCUCCCAGGCCCAGAGCGGUCGCUAAAAUUCCUCGAGAGGCUGCGCGACGAUGCAGGAAUCAAGGCUGCCAUGCGGACACAUAAGUUUAGCGUUCCUCUGCUCACGGAAAUGGACCCCGCGAUGCACACUACACACGAGUCGCGGACUCUCGGACUCAAUAGGAAUCAGGGAGAGGUUAUUGAGCUACGGUUAAGGACGGACGCCUAUGACGGGUACAGGGACUAUAAGACAAUAAGGAAGACGCUAUGUCACGAGCUCGCGCAUAAUGUAUGGGGGCCCCACGAUCGUAAUUUUUGGAACCUGUGCAAGGAGAUAGAGAGGGAAGUUGAUAGAGAUGAUUGGAAGUCCGGGGGAAGAAGUGUUGGGAAUCAAGAGUAUUAUGAACCUGGUGAAGAAGAAGUGUAUGAUCAUGGGGGCUGGACCGGAGGGGAGUUCGUGUUGGGUGGAAGCAGAAUAGGAACUGAGACCGCGGUUAGUAGCGCAGGCGGAGAAGUAUCACCUGGGAGUCUGAGUAGAAGGGAGAUAUUGGCGAGGGCAGCUGAGGAAAGGAUGAAGAAAUUGAGGAGAAUGGAGGAGGACAGUGGAGAUGCUAGUGAUGGAACAUCAUGAGUAGGUAGUGCAAGAUACUUUUCCUUGAGUAGAAUCCUACACCAUUUGGGCACCCUUUCGACCCUAGUAAC